GUUAUGGAGCAAGGUAGUUAUCCAAUGAUUUAAGUAUUGAAAAUCAAAUUGAUCUUUUAAAAUUUCAAAACUAAAAUUAAAUUAAAAUUCUUUCAGGUAUGCAACCAUCUGGAACAGCAUUUGCCUCAUCCUCGAGUCAAACUACACCGCGGCUCCCACCAGUGAUUGUUCUUGAGCAAGACAAACCUUGUGUAUCUACUUCUAUGAGGAAAGUAUCCCCAGUUUCUUCACAAGGAAUUAAAAGAUUAGGAAAAACAAUUCCAAGAGAAGAAAUUAAAAAUAAACAGAUUACAGAACUUACUGAAGCGAGGCUGGCAUUAAUAAAAAAAGAAGAACAACAGAUGGACGAACUGCAUAAAAUCCGGCUAGAAGAAGCUAUUUAUAGAAAAGAAGCGGCCAGAUUGCAGAUGCUUCAGGAAGAAUUGAAGUUAAAACAGUUGCAAAAUGAGAAUUAGACAAAUUAUUAUGUGUUAAUCGCGAAGUGUAUACGUGAAAAACUUGACUGUGUUUACGCAAAAUAAAUCCCUUUAGCAAUUGCUUAUGUAUAUGUUUUAUUCCUCAAAAAUUUUUAAAAUACAUCUUAUAUUUAUUAUCCCUGUAGGUGGGUGUUUAAAUCUAAAAAUAAAUUAUUUACUACUGGAAAUGGUUCCGCACUAUGGUUGCCCUCAUUAAUUGGCCUAAACGAUUAUAGUUUCCAGCAUGGAAUGGAAU